CUGAUGUCAGGAGUUCAGUGCAGCAUUUCAUGGUGCAGGGGUGUAAGAGGUUUGUUCGCAGCGGAGCUACUGUACCUUCCCAUCACAGCAACCAUACACAUGCAAGUCUGGGAAUCGAGAUGUCUCGCAGUAAACAGUUUUUAUUUUUUUCUUUGGUAUUUUUGUACCUGGUUCCCGCAGUGAAUCUUAAAAGGAUUUUCAGAUGCCCUUCUGCGUGCACUUGCUCCAAAGAGUCCAUUAUUUGCGUCGGCUCUUCAUCUGUCCCACGGAUUAUCCCUAAUGACAUCAAUUCCCUGAGUAUUGUAAAUGGAACCUUUUCCGAAAUUAAGGAGGGGAUGUUUUCACAUAUGCCUUCUUUGCAGCUACUGCUUCUUAAUUCAAAUUCAUUCACCACUAUAAAGGAUGAUGCAUUUUCUGGGCUUCCACACCUUGAAUAUCUAUUCAUUGAAAACAACAGGAUAGAGACAACAUCUAAAUUUGCUUUCCGGGGUCUUCGAGAUUUGACCCAUCUGUCUUUGGCGAACAACAAUAUCAAGGUUUUGCAAAGAGAGGUCUUUGGUGAUUUGGACUCUUUGAUAGAGCUAGAUUUGAGAGGAAAUGCUUUGGAAUGUGACUGCAAAGCCAAGUGGCUCAUGACCUGGCUUAAAACUACCAAUGCCACAGUGUCUGACGUGUAUUGUGCUGGACCAGCCGAAAUGAAGGGCAAAAGGUUGAAUGAUAUUCCAAGCCUGCACAAGGAGUGCACAUCUACAGACUUUGUCCUCCAUCAAUCUCUGGCAUUUCAGUCUUUGUCGGUGGACACCUUUCAUUAUAAAAAUGAUGUCUUUGCUGCCAUUGCUGCUCCGAACACAGAAAACUGCAUGGUGAUGCAAUGGGACCAUAUUGAUAAAAAUUUCAGGAGCCAUGAUAAUAUUACAGGGCAGUCAAUUGUUGAAUGCAAAUGCGUAUUGAUUGAAGAUCAGAUUUUUAUCAUAGUGGCGCAGCUUUUCGGAGGCUCCCAUAUCUACAAGUAUGAUGAAAGCCAGACCAAGUUCAUCAAGUUCCAAGACAUUGAAGUUUCCAAAAUCUCCAAGCCCAACGAUAUUGAAGUGUUCCAAAUCGAGAAGGACUGGUUCUUCGUCAUUGCAGACAGCUCCAAAGCUGGACUAUCCACUCUUUACAAGUGGAACAGUAAGGGUUUUUACUCCUAUCAAUCCCUUCAUGAGUGGUUUCGGGAUACAGAUGCUGAGUUUUUAGAUUUGGAUGGGAAGCCUCACUUGAUCUUAGCCAGUCGCUCCCAGAUCCCGGUGAUUUUUCAGUGGAAUAAAAGCACCAAAAAGUUCACCCCACAUAGUGAGAUUCCCAACAUGGAGGACGUUGUGGCUGUGAAAACCUUUCACAUCAAAGGAGAGCUGUACUUAGCUAUGACCCGCUUCAUCGGGGACUCCAAGGUGCUCAAAUGGAGCAAUAAGCAGUUUGUGGAAGUCCAGGCCUUGCCUUCCCGGGGCUCUAUGGUCUUACAACCCUUCUCCUUCAAGGACAGACACUAUCUUGCCUUGGGAAGCGAUUACACCUUCUCACAGAUAUACCUCUGGGACGAAGAGAAAAAACUCUUUGACAAAUUCAAGGAGAUCUACAUCCAGGCUCCGCGCUCCUUUACUGUAGUGUCCACUGACCGCCAGGAUUUCAUCUUCUCCUCCAGCUUCAAGGGCAACACCCAGAUUUUCGAGCACACCCUGGUGGAUUUGAGCUUGUGAAUGCAGGCACUUAACCCAAUCUUCUGUGAUCAAGCUCAUGAAAAAGACUUCACUUUUCAUUUAUGUCAGGUAUUUAUUCAUGUUCAAUACUUCCUGCAUUUUUACUAAACUUUUAAUCUGUCGUUGCUAUUGGCACUCUUCUAACUACUUGAUAUUAACACAUAAUGAAUAAUAAUUCCAUUACAUUUGAAGGAGGAGACCCUUCACAGCCAUUAUAAAGCAAUUUCAUUUUCAUUGUAACCAAUUUAGGAAGGAAAAUGGGUUGUGAAUGUCAACUAGAUUCUAGUUGCCACAUUUCCUAUGGUGACAUACUGUAUUACCUCUUCAAGAGCUGUGUAUUUAACUCCCUGUGGCAUCUGUUAUCCUUGCUUUAUCGCUCAUCAUGACUGUAUGAGGAAACACCCUCUGGAAUACAGUUUGUGCUGAACAAAGAAGAGCCUGACAAGCACAAGCCUUCAUAGGUACUCCACUGUUUCCUAAAGCUCAUCUUUAUUGCACCCGAGGGAAAGAAAAAGAUCCCAUUUAAGCGUUUCUUCUUGAUCCCAUCAGGCAUUUUUAAGAAACGAUUACUGAAAGCCAAGGCUCUAUAUUAACCCCCAAAGUUAUUUAAUGAUGACAACCAAAGCAAACUGUAUAAUGAUGAAGCAGUAUAUGAUACUAGUAUUUUUUAUAGUUAAGCCAUACUGUAGCUCUGGAGUGAUUGGUAAUAGGAUUUGGUUAGCCAGGGACACAGGGUACCUGGAGAAAGUGAAUUAUGAUAUAACUCAAUGCAUGGACAUUCCUAGCACUUGCAGAUAAACAGAACUGCUGUCAAAAUCUAUUCUAAAAAGCCAAUAUUUUAACAAUUAAGAGACUCUGUUUUAUAUGAAUGUAAUAUCAACCAAUUAGGAGUCAACCAAAGCUGGACUUCACUCACUCACGCAAACUUUUUUACCUCUCGUUCUAGCACUGAAAGCUUCCUCUUACAGAAUGCAACAUACUUUUUUAAGUAUUCAGGUUUAUCCUGUGUCCAUGGGAUACCAUAAUGUUGGAAAGUGGCAGGAAAGACUGCCUGGGACUUUCAAACGGUAAAACGCACAGCAUGUCAGUGGUGAGUAGUGAAAAAUGAAUAUUCCCCUCACGUGUUAUAACUUAAUUGAUAAUACAAAACCAAAAGGAAUUCUGUCAGAACAGGGUGUUUUAAAAAACAGAUGUAAAUCUUUUUAAACCACAGUGAAUAGACCACAUUCCUCAGUCAAUAGAGUUAAUUAUUAUAUCCUUAACUUCUAUUUCUUAGAGGGGAAUUUCUCAUUUGAACUCCACACCUGGCUACGGGGGUCUGAUAAAUAUAAAAGAUUGAGGACUUUGAACUAAAGGUAGCUACAGUAGCAGUCCAUCAGAAAAUGCAUUGCUGAUACAUAUAUGUUUUAGACCAAAUCUCAUCAGAACGGUAAGAAACAUAAAAGAUAGAUGUGGGUUUUGUAUUUGCAAAGGUGGCUAUGCACCGCCAUGCCAUCAUAUUCUUAUGAGAGUAGUAAGGUCCAGUACAGCACUGUAUUGAACUGCAGCUGAAGAAACAAUCAGGUAUUGUGCUAUUGCUCCUUCCAACAAAGAGACUAUUGCUCCUGUUGCAAAUAUGACAUGCCAUUCUGAAUGCCAGUAAAAUUAUGCACACAACCCAAAUGAAUAUGCUGCUUGUAAGAGCAUGCCAUUUGAGACCCGAGUGUUAAAUAAAUUCUAGUUUGUACAGUUUUAAAACCUUGAAUAAUCUAUAUUAAGGUACUAAUGUUAGUACCGGUGUGGAAAUAGUACAGUACAGCAUAUGGUAUUAUACUUAAUAGUACCAUUUAAUGAAAUAUGCAAGUUGUAUGAUGUAGACAUUUUUGUAUCAUAAAAGAUACUGUAUAUGGAUAAAAUCUUAUUGAAUGCUAGCCUUGUAGAUAUUCUUGAAAAAUACAAUAAAGAUGCUCAUGAUUAACAAUUUAGGUCUCUUUUUACUUCAAUAAACACAGA